AUGUGUGAUUUUGACUUAAUCAACAAAACUCGUCACGUUCUACUAGAGGAGGAACCCGAAAGCUCACGCGCUCGAUUUUCGUCCCGGGGAAGAGAAGCUCCGAAGGGUUCGGGUGGGGACCGCAAGGUUUUGCCCGCGGUGAAGAAAAUGCCGAAUAAUAAAGAUGGUUGCCCGAUGGGCGGUUGCGAUUUCCACCGAGGCACGAGUAGAAACGAGCCUGAGCCGAGAUUCGCGGAGGAAGACUACAUUGUCUUCUGCUUCAGGGAGGAUGGUGAAAUCGACAUGAUAAACGAGGGCAAUUACAAAAAAUACAACUAUGAGGAUGAGAUUGAUGAUGAUGAUCAUGAGCAUGUAGACAUUAUUGCAACUACUACUUUAAGGCCUAUGAUAAAUAGGAAAAAGGGCGACGAAAAAGUGCGCGUGGAGAAGGGAAUCGAAGGGCAACCCAACGGUAAUGAAGUAAAGGAGAUCGAUUCUAUCGAGCAGCCAAAUAGUGCAAGCAAAAUGGAUUCUUUUGAAUCUUGUGACUCUAAUCUUUCAGAUACUACCAGUACAAGCUCUUUUGCAUUUCCAGUAUUGGGGCUCGACUGGAUCGGCAGCCCUGUUCACAUGCCCGUGUCUGAAAAGCCCGAUUGCCCGAGUCUGAGCCUUCGCUGCUGUAGUUUCUAA